CCGAAAACCCUAAAACAAAUUAGGUUAUCUUCUCCUUCUCCUUUCUUCAACAGCAGCCCGAGAAAGUCAUCUUCUUCUUCUUAUAAGAAAGCUCGAUCAUCUUCUUCUUUCUACAAGCAAAACCCUCGUUCUUCCUUUGCCGUAUUCCCGCCGUUGCGUUCUCAUCUUCGUCUUCAUGGAAGAAAGCUCAAACACAAGCAUCCUCUCUAAUGGAAGAACAAGACCCAAAUGUGGACACGAUCUCCCAAUGAAAAUGUUUAUUUCCAAAUCCAAAGCAAAUCCAGGGAGAAAAUACUGGAAGUGCAAGCACUGGGGGAAAGAGGAGGAUUGCGAGCUGUUUCUAUGGGAUGAUGAGUAUUUUGGAGUGGACGUUUCAAAGGAAGAUCGUUUGGUCUGUACGUGCGAGACUGUCGCUCACCAGAUUAAGAUGCUCACGAAGGAGAUGGAAGACUUGAAGAUUACUAUUGACAACACUAGAAAAGUAGUGAAAUUUGUGAUAUCAAUAGUUGCUUGUUACUGUGUGUUUUAUGGUAUAGGCUUAGGUAGAAUGUAAGAAUUUAUGUUAU